UUUCUCCACUUUAAUAUAUACGGGUUUAGCCCAGGCCCAUAAAAGAUCCAAGAAUUACAAAUCUGAAACCCUAUAUUUCAUCACACCGAGUUUCAGAAACAACCCUUCUCCCACUUCUCUGACGGCUUCUACCACCUCGCCCAUUCCAAACCCUAAUGGCACCGAAGAAGGAGAAGGCACCACCACCGUCGUCAAAGCCGGCGAAAUCCGGAGGAGGAAAACAGAAGAAGAAGAAAUGGAGCAAGGGUAAGCAAAAGGAAAAGGUCAACAACAUGGUCUUGUUUGACCAAGGUACCUACGAUAAGCUUCUCACCGAAGCUCCCAAGUACAAACUCAUCACUCCGUCGGUUCUUUCCGAUCGUCUUAGGGUCAAUGGAUCUUUGGCACGUCGUGCAAUCAAAGACCUAAUGGCAAGAGGUUUGAUUAGGUUGGUUUCUGCUCAUGCUAGCCAACAGAUUUACACCAGAGCCACUAAUACAUAAGCGAAUUCGAGGUGUUUAUUUUUCAGAUUUUGUUUAGGGAAAAAUUAUGAGGACGAGUUUGGUUUACAUGUUUUUUUAUUGUUGCGGUUUAUUUUGUUUAAGACAUUGUUAAAAUUUUGUUUUUAAUUAAUGAUGACUAGUUUAAUCUGGGCAAGAA